AUGGCCCGCCCAAGGGACACUCGCUCACGAUCACCAGCAGGAAAAUCCUGGGGCGAUAGACAUGGCCGCUAUAAUGGUGGCCCCAGAGAUGAUCGUGGUUCCUAUCGUGGUCGAUCGCGAACUCCAGAGCGACGACGCGAUGUUCGUAACGGACGAAGGGAUCGAUCUCCAGAUCGUCAAAAUGACCGACUGAACAGCAAUAGUCAUCGUCCUGACCGGCAUGCACGCUCUCCUGUCCGCGAUCGAAGAGAUCGCCACCGAGACCGAGAUUAUCGUGAACAUAGCAGAGAUAGGGAAUACAGGCGAGAUGAUUCCAGGGAGAGGAACCGUCGAAGACGCGACGAUUCUACUGACAAUCGCAAGGGUCACCGCAAUCGGGACAUGUCUCGUAAUAGAGACAGAGAUCGAGCCCGCGAUGAGACUCCAGGUUCAAGAGCAAGCGAGUCAAAUCCCACCGUCAAGCAAGCUGAUGACGCGAAAAGGCAGGCGGAACGUCUUGCAAAGGUCGAGCAGUGGAAGGCCAAGCAACGGGCUGAGCAGGAGCGUAAGCAAAAGGAGCAAGUGAUUCCUGGUGGAACGCGCGGAUUGCUUGAAGAGAUGGACCGGAAGGCCGCUGCGACCGCAAGUGCUGAAGCUACACCAGCUCCGAGCUUACCUGAUGAUCCAGAGCUCUCUCAGAAAGCAUCUCCCGUACCCCUGAAAAGGUUCGAUCCCAAGGCCAUCGUAAAGAAGUCGUCAGGGCCUACAACUGGUUCAACCGCUCUCGGCGACGAUGUGUCCAUCCCGGAGGCCCACAAAACCAGACCGCCACCUCUGCAGCGUGCCUUUCCUGUGGCGUCUACCAAGGGCAAAAUUAUGAAGCCCAGCGGGAAGUUGAACGCGUUUGGCAUUACCAACAAGCAGUCUGAUAUUGACAAGGCUGACAGUAAACGAGCGAUUGAUUUUGAUGAUGAAGAGUCAACUCAAAAGAAACUUGAGAGAUUGCCAACUUCUGCAACUGCUAUGCUUGGAGCGGACCAAGACGUGGAGCAUGCUAAUGUAGAGCCUGAAGUGGAUGAUGACGAAGACAUCACGUUUGAUGCAGGAAACGAAGAAGAAGUCGCUGCUGCUGCUCGCCUUGCUGCCGAGCGGAGAGAGGAGCGCCUACAACAACAGGAGGAAGAUUCCAAAACGGAUGUUGCUAACGCCAGCGCAGAUGCUGUUAUGACCGAGGCACUCGUGGCAGAUGCUGCGGUUAUUGAUGUCGUAGAAGAAGAGGAGGAAGAUCCUCUUGAUGCUUUCAUGAAAACAAUGAGCACUAAAGCGCAGCAGGCUGAAAUGAAGUCUCUUUCUAAGCCCAAGAUCCUGGCUAAGAAACGCAAACAGGAACCUGAAGCAUUCUUCGGCGAUGAAGGCGAAGAUCAGGAAGCUUUCGGUGUCAAAGAAGAUGAUCUCCUCGCCAUGGCACAUAAGCGUGCGAAGAAAAAGGAGAUGGCGGUCGUCAAUCAUGAAAAGAUGAGUUACGAGCCAUUCCGAAAGAAUUUCUAUGUUCCACCUGGUGAGUUAGCCGACUUGACCCCAGAAGAGAUUGCAGACAUCCGCCUCGAGCUUGAUGGGAUCAAGGUCAAGGGCACCGACGUACCAGCGCCGGUUCAGAAAUGGGCUCAAUGUGGUCUCGGUAUGCAGACUUUGGGCGUCAUAUCGUCGCUGGGAUACGAGAAGCCAUCGUCAAUUCAAGCCCAGGCCAUACCUGCAAUCAUGUCUGGGCGCGACGUGAUUGGUGUUGCCAAGACCGGCUCCGGUAAAACCGUGGCUUUCAUGCUUCCCAUGUUUCGACACAUCAAAGACCAGAGACCGCUGGGAGGUAUGGAUGGUCCAGUCGGCCUCAUCAUUGCGCCUACUCGUGAGUUAGCCACACAGAUCCAUCGAGACUGCAAGCCCUUUUUGAAAGCACUCGACCUGCGUGCUGUAUGUACCUACGGCGGCGCCCCCAUCAAGGACCAAAUCGCGGAUCUGAAGCGCGGCGCCGAGAUCAUCGUUUGUACUACUGGACGCAUCAUUGAACUAUUGGCAGCCAACCAAGGACGAGUCACUAAUCUGGCACGUGUCACGUACGUUGUUCUUGAUGAGGCAGAUCGCAUGUUCGACAUGGGCUUUGAACCACAAAUCAUGAAGAUUCUAAACAAUAUUCGCCCAGACCGACAAACAGUCCUAUUCUCAGCCACAUUUCCGCGUCAAAUGGAGUCUUUAGCCCGCAAAGUUCUGAACCGACCAAUUGAAAUCCAAGUCGGAGGCAGGAGCGUGGUCGCACCUGAAAUCACUCAAGUCGUAGAGGUACGUGAAGAAGCUACGAAGUUCAGACGUCUGCUCGAGCUACUAGGAGAGCUGUAUGUGGAUGAUGACGAUGUGCGAACCCUCAUUUUCGUAGAGCGCCAGGAGUCGGCCGAUUCUUUACUUAAAGAACUAAUGCGUAAGGGUUAUCCAUGUAUGUCAAUCCACGGUGGCAAAGAUCAGAUUGACCGCGACUCCACCAUUGAUGACUUCAAAAAGGGUAUUUUCCCAAUAAUGAUCGCUACCUCGGUUGCUGCCCGGGGACUCGACGUGAAACAACUAAAGCUUGUGGUCAACUUUGACUGUCCUAACCAUCUAGAGGACUACGUCCAUCGUGUUGGCCGGACUGGCAGGGCUGGCAACACCGGUACCGCUGUCACAUUUCUUACGCCCGAGCAAGAUCGAUACGCUGUCGACAUAUCAAAGGCUUUGACACAAAGCGGUCAAGAGGUCCCCGAUGAUGUCAAAAAGCUUGCGGAUUCUUUCAGGGAGAAGGUCAAAUCUGGCGAGGAAAAAACACAUGGGCGUGGCUUUGGCGGGCGAGGCAUUGACAAAUACGAUGAGCUUCGAGAUGCAACUAAACAGCGCGAGCGUCAAGCAUACAAAACCGGCGACGAGCCAGAUGAGCAAGAUGAUGAAGCGGACAAGAAGUUGGACGAGGAGAUCGCUGCCAAAACCAAAGGUACGCCUAUUGUCGCUUCUGCGAAGGCUCAGGCUCAGGCUCAGCCCCCUGCCGCACCUCUCCACGAGCAUCACGGUCUCAUCGAUUUGGACAAUGUCAUCAUUCACAAGACAGAAAAGCCUGAGUCGACACCGCGUGGCUCUGGCAAUCCUCUAGACAAAGUUAGAGCCGCUGCGGAUAAGGUCAACAAUCGUUUGAGUAAACGUGGUACAAUAUUCCCUGGUCAACCUAUCGAUAACAGAGGUCCUGACGCUGGACUCUAUCAUACUACGAUCAACAUCAAUGAUUUCCCGCAGAAAGCCCGCUGGGCCGUCACAAACCGUACCAAUGUUGCCAAGAUUCUCGAUGCCACUGGUACCUCUAUCACUACCAAGGGCAAUUUCUAUGCAGCAGGCAAGGAGCCAGAAGAGGGCGAAGCACCAAAGCUGUAUAUUCUCAUCGAAGGAGAUACUGAGAUGCAGGUCAAAGGUGCCGUUGCAGAGUUGGACAGGCUGCUCAAAGAGGGUACGAUUGCAGCGGCGACAACUGCCCUCCGCGCUCCAGCUUCCGGUCGUUACAGCGUUGUAUAG